GGUUUGGGAGCCAAGCGAGUGGGUGACAGGUCGCUCCCGGCUGGGAAGGUUGUCCGGCAAGUCAGGACUGGGUUUCAGGUCAGACGGACCAUGCCGAGAGACAGGAGGGCAGAGCUGUGCCCAGGACUGCUCCCCAGGACCUGAGCUUGGACCCAGAGUUUUCAGGGGGAGGCGAUGUCCCUGAGGGAACAGAGGUCUCUGGUCUCAUCUUAAGCACUGCUGGAUCCCAUGUGACAUCAACAGCCCUCUGCUGCUGCUGGGAGUUCUGAGCUGGGCGCUGGGGCAGGGCCGGCGCCAGGCACAGACACUUCGGCCCUUGUUGGGAGAACAGAGAGAGGCUCUCUUGUCCACUGCCUGUCCUCCGGCUCCAACUGCUGGUUCCCUCCGGGGCCUCUCCUCAGGCUGUGCAGAACCCACCUGAUCACGGUUACAGAAUGGACUCUAGCCCGGCGGGCAGCCCCAGUCCUCAGCCCUCAAGGGCCAAUGGGAACGUCAACCUGGGGCCUUCAGCCAACCCAAAUGCCCGGCCUACCGACUUUGACUUCCUGAAAGUCAUUGGCAAAGGGAGCUACGGCAAGGUGCUACUGGCCAAGCGCAAGUCUGACGGGAUGUUCUACGCAGUGAAGGUGCUGCAGAAAAAGUCCAUCUUACAGAAGAAAGAGCAGAACCACAUCAUGGCGGAGCGCAGCGUGCUUCUGAAGAGCGUGCAGCACCCCUUCCUUGUGGGCCUACGCUACUCCUUCCAGACGCCCGAGAAGCUCUACUUUGUGCUCGACUAUGUCAACGGGGGAGAGCUCUUCUUCCACCUGCAGCGGGAGCGCCGGUUCCUGGAGCCCCGGGCCCGGUUCUACGCCGCCGAGGUGGCCAGCGCCAUUGGCUACCUGCACUCCCUCAACAUCAUUUACAGGGACCUGAAACCAGAGAACAUUCUCUUGGACUGCCAGGGACAUGUGGUACUGACGGAUUUUGGCCUCUGCAAGGAGGGUGUAGAGCCCGAGGAGACCACAUCCACGUUCUGUGGCACCCCCGAGUACUUGGCUCCAGAAGUGCUCCGUAAAGAGCCUUAUGACCGGGCGGUGGACUGGUGGUGCUUGGGGGCAGUUCUCUACGAGAUGCUGCAAGGCCUGCCACCCUUCUACAGCCAAGACGUGUCCCAGAUGUAUGAGAAUAUUCUGUACCAGCCGCUACAGAUCCCAGGGGGCCAGACGGUGGCCGCCUGUGACCUCCUGCAAGGCCUUCUCCACAAGGACCAGAGGCAGCGGCUGGGCUCCAAAUCAGACUUUCUCGAGAUAAAGAACCAUGUAUUCUUCAGCCCCAUAAACUGGGAUGACCUGUACCACAAGAGGCUGACUCCACCCUUCAACCCAAAUGUGGCAGGACCUGCUGACUUGAAACACUUUGACCCAGAGUUCACCCAGGAAGUUGUGUCAAAGUCCAUUGGCUGCACUCCCGACACUGUGGCCAGCAGCUCUGGGGCCUCAAGUGCAUUCCUGGGAUUUUCCUAUGCACCAGAGGAUGAUGCCAUCUUGGACUACUAGAAGAGAAGCACUCGUGUAACCACUGAAGACAGCUGCUCCCUGCCCCAGGAAUAAUGGGGGGAUGAAGCUGGAAGAUCAUGGAAAACACACCUACAACACUAACACAGACCUACUGGAGAUCUAAGCUGGGUCAGGAAGAGUUACCAUUACCCUUUGGCAUGUGCUGAGAACUUUGAAACACUCUGAUUUGAUUUCCAUCAUAGCAGUGUCUGUUAUUUGACAAGUGUGUGGAACAAGAUGUGGGAGUGGCCAAAAUUUCCCCAACUUCCCAAAGCAAAAAGCAACAGAGUGUAAUUGUUGGAAACAUGAUAGUACUGUCACAAGUAUACAACCCACUAUGGGUUGUGAAACACAUAAUGGUUCCAUGUGUUCUAAGACUGUAAAAUCACAAAAUUUUCACCAAGACAGAAAAUAAAAAUGUAAAAAACUA